GACAGUUACAAAAAUAAAGAAGGUUAUGUACGAUGUUUAUUUUUUAUAUUUUCUGUUUGACUUGUCAAGCAAAAUAAACAUAAAAUCUCAUUUGAUUAUUUAGUGUGAUAAGUUUUUUUUUGUGAUAAUUUAAAGGCUGUAAAUAAAAUGAUUGGAGCGUUGAACGUUUGAUAAAGGAAAAGACAUGGAAAAUUUGUUCGAAGAAAUCGGAAUUCCGCCCAAGUACCUGAAGAAAUCUGCGAAAGACGAUAGAUUUGUCGCUUUAGUUCAUAAACAAUGGCUUAAAUCAUUAGUGAAACAUUCCAAGCUUAUAGACUUUAUCGAAAAGCCAAAACUAGAAGCGUGGCAUUGUAUAGAAGACACAAACUCGCUGUGGAUUAAAGUUUUCGUUUCUGUUUUCAAGAAGAAAGACGCUAAAGUCAUCCCACUGCCUCGUAUUAGGCCUAAUUUAGCCAAAGAUGAUAACCCCUUGCUCUUUGUACAAUUCUUGCAAUACAUUUCCCAUUCCAAUUAUAAAAAUCUCUGGAAGGAUGCUUAUAAGAAAUAUAAUGGAAAUAUUGAUAUUAAUAAAGAUACUCAGGUAACUCUUGUUGACUAUAAUCAUGUUUUAAGAGAAAUAAUUUUAAGAAUUUACGGCUGUUCGAUAGUAAAUACUCUAGAUUCCUCAUUAAGCAUAGAACAUUCGAAGGUUUUUGAUGUUAAUUUAAACGUUUUACCAGCUUGUUGUGGUGUGGAGACAAUGAACGCAAUAUUUUUACUUCACAUUCCAUUUAUAGAGCAUAACUUACUAGACGGUGUUACUUUUAGCCCUGCAAUUUUAGAUAAAUGUUACUCAAAACCUUUAUUUAUUAUUUACCAACUAAUAAAUCUGUUAAAAUCUCUCCACGACAGGAGUCUAACUUUAGGCGAUAUAACGUUAAAUGAUAUUUAUUUUUCUGAAGACUUAUGGAUCUAUGUGUUUCCCCAAAUAACUUCCAAUAUUUACGUUCAAGAUUUGACGAAUUUUGAACCGAGACAUCCCACUUUUAGGGACUGCAGAAAAUUUGGUCAUAAAUUUGACAGCAGUUUGAUGAGAUGUUUUUACUGUCAAUUGAAAACGUACGAUAAGGUUCAAAUUUGUGAAGAAAGUCUAGAGGAAAUAUGCCAGUUGUGGAUCGAAGGAAAAAUAUCGAAUUUUACUUAUAUCUCAGCUUUAAAUAAAUUUUCAGGAAGAAAAUUAGGAGACCCAAACUGUCACUAUGUUUUCCCGUGGGUCAGCGAUUUCUCGUCAGCCUGCGGCAAAAACUGGCGCGAUUUGAAAAAGUCAAAGUACAGAUUGAACAAAGGAGAUAGACAGCUGGAUUUGACGUACGACCAUUCACAAGCUCAAGUUCCCCAUCACGUGUCUGACGUACUCUCGUCCAUAACCUACUACGUCUAUAUGGCUCGAAGGACGCCGAAAUCCGUACUAUGUAAGAACGUGAGAACCGUUUGGGUACCGGCAGAGUACCCCAGUUCAAUCCAGAGGAUGCAGGAAUGGACUCCGGAUGAGUGUAUCCCGGAAUUCUUUUCGGAUCCCUCGGUAUUCAGGAGCAUUCACGACGAUCUGGAGGACCUGGAGGUACCGUUGUGGUCAUCAGGGCCUGAGGAUUUCGUGGAAAGGCAUAGAGAAGCACUGGAGAGUGCCUAUGUGUCUGAGAGACUGCAUCACUGGAUUGAUUUGACUUUUGGAUACAAAUUAUCAGGUAUCCCUGCAAUUAAGGCAAAAAACGUUUGCCUGCAUUUGGCUGAUGAUCACACUUAUCUGACAAAAUCUGGAAUAGUUCAACUAUUUAGUCGUCCCCAUCCACCCAAAGCUAUACCUUCUCCGUUUUGGAGCAAAAAUCCGCCUAAAUUUUACAAUACUACGCCUUCAAAAAGUGUUCAUCAAAGAUCUAGAGAUAAGAGUACUUCGGCUUCGACCAGCGAAGUGAAUAGAAGCGAUGAAGAGGUAGUUGAAUAUGCAACUUACAAUACACCGACUCUUAGUAGUAUACAUAUAAAAGAAUAUACUGAACAUUUAGACAGCAAUAUGGCUGGAACUUCUAACUGGUCUCCAUUGGGUCUGUCCAAGAUUUCUUCCAGGAGUAGAUCGUCGUUACACGAAGAACAAUUUUCCGGUACAAAACCAAACAGGAGUCCUAGUGCGACACGCAGUUCCAGUGUGGGCCCCAAAAACCCUACUUUUAUGUCUCACGUGUCUCAAAGGACCAAACCCGGUUCAGGCUCGAGCACGUUAAAUACUGGUAUUAUCAAUCUUCCCAAAGAAUACAAACCCGAACAAGCAUUAGAAUCGCUGGAAAAACAGUAUGCUUUCCUAUCAAGAACCUUCCACGUAGAAAGUGCGAAAAAAUAUAAUUUUUCCGAAGACACCCAAAAAAACCAAGAAAAAAACACCGAAGAAUGUCUGGUUCAGAACGCCUUCACGAAUUUUAUAUAUACGGAGAAUUUUGAAGAAAAAUUUCGGGUUAAGUCUAAAGCCACGAAAUCCUAUACGUUUCCGAUGGAUAAUUUUAACCUAGAGCGCCGAGGAACUACGGUGAAAAAAUCCGAACAUCAAAUCUUGUGUAAUUAUUCGAAUAUAGUGACGUCACGUAAAACCAGGGAGUUACAAAUCUUAGGUUGUCUGAUAGUAGAAAUCUUCAUGCCCAAACAGCUGCGUUCGUCAGGCUCAACCAACACAGACUGUUUUUUCUCACAAAGACUCAAGUCCUGUCUCACUAUUAUCAGAAGCUGCCCUAACGAUAUACCACCCUGUAUAUCCUACCUGGUCAACUUACUGCUUCAACCUCACAUAGUCAACCCCCAGAACUUUUCAUAUCCCGUCGUUACUGACCUAGGACUACCUCCUCCCACCACUCACUUACUUUUGGAGCCCUUGCUGCAAAGCGGUGUUCCUUUUCCUCGGGGAUUCCCAGAUGUUUACAGGAUUUUGGCUUCGUUGAAGGAGUUCAAGAACGUGGCCUUGGAGCUGGACGUUUUGUAUUAUUUCGAUUGUGACGGUACUGCUUGUUGGGAGUACGAAAAUUUAGAAAGAACUAAAAUAUUGCUGGCCCAGAACAUUUCUGAAUGUAAAGUGAAGAAGUGUACCAAAGAUUUGGAGAGUUUUCUCGAAGAUAUCGACACAAAUACUCAGUCGGAGGUUAUCAAUAUUCUUCUUCCACACGCCAAAGGCUUGAUAGAAGACCCACCAACAUCGGUACUAGCUGCUUGGUACUUGUUUGACCCUAUGUCAAGAGUUUUAGGUACAAAAUUGUCAGCAAAAACACUGCUAGACUCGGUAUUGAAGCUCUACGAACAAGAACCUUCAGAAACUUCACCGUAUAAUGGAAAAAUCGCCAAAAUAUACCAUCACAGCUUUUUGUUGAGGCUAAUGGUACGUUUAGGUCUAAAAUGCUUUUUGGAGAACUUUGUUACGCCACUGGUGGAGGCCGUUGGAGGUUAUAAAGAUUUUGAGAAAUUAGAUUUUCCUUUCCACACUCAUAGCGAGAAAAUUUUGAAAAAAACGUCUCAUUUGAAAAACAUGGAUUCGAUGAGUAACGAGUCCAGUCCCACUUCUAGUGAUAAGCCUGUAAAAGUACAAAAUGACGCAGAAUUAAAAAAGGAUGAAGACAUUUUUGAAUUAGAUGAGGAAAAAGAUUCGGAGAACCAAAUGAAGAGCCUGAUUGAGCAUUUGGAGCUGAACAUAACCUCAGAUCUUCCGUUCAACGUUUCGGCUGCUGAAGAAGCUUUGGAUGCAACUCUAAGUGAAAAUAUGGACCAAUUAAGAAGCCUUGAGGUAAGGCUUGGUCCUGUUUUGAUGUCGCGAUAUCUGUCGAGAAACCUCCUGAGAAUGUUGACCCUGUGCUACGUAGGCAAGGAGAAUUUGACAUCUGUCAAUCCAGAAAACGGCGCAAACUGUAAGGAGGAAGUCACAGAAUUCUCUAUCACCUCUAGCAAGGUUGUUGGAGACGACAACGCCUGUAAAGUCUUGCAUUGUCUGGCUAACAUAGCAGGUCUAUACGGGGAAAAACUGAUUCUAUUCCAAUACCUUCCUCACAUGACAGAACUGGUAGCCUUGUGCAAGAAACGUCUGACUCAGACCCUCGAAGGAGGGCUAAUAUCCUGUUUCGCCCUGUUAAAACACAUAGUACCCUACCUCAGUGACGCCACAUUGAUGGAUCAGCUCCAAGAAAUACUGACAGGCAUAGUACAGCCUGCCGAGAGUUUGCUGGGAUCCACCGAGUUACUUUUCCCUAGCGGUCGUACUGCUAGGAACGCCCUGGCAAGGAAAUUCGUGGACGCCCUGUAUGUUCUAGCUGUGAGGAUAGGAGCGGACAUGACUAGGAAGUACCUGGCCGUACCGUCUGUGCAGAAGUUCUUUUUGAUUUUUGACAAGGUGUAUGGUAGAAAUAAUGAAAUGUCAACAGAUACAGGGUGUUAUAGAGCUACACCUGAGUCGUAUGGAUCUAUAGAGCUGUCAAGUACUGUCAAAGCUGUGCCAGUGCCUCACGUUAGGCUGAAAGAUUCGGAAUCAUUUGACAGUGUGUCUCCUACACAUACAUCGAAUAUAGGAGAAGAAAAUGUCCAGGCUUUAGCUAUGGAGGAACUAAGAGAUGUUUUUACCCUAGAAUUAGCAUACAGGACGUACAUACCGUUUCUAAAACAUGUCGGUAUAAAUUCCCUAGAAAUAUCACUAAAAAACCAUGACAGAAUACGAGAUUUGUGUAAAAACUAUGAACAAAAUGCCAAAACCUCCUUGGAAGGGUCUAAAAUGAUAUUGUCUGACAUCAAUUGGAGUCAAAGUAUACCGCCCUCUAGUAGCAUAGGAAGUAACAUUAAUUUAAUAGGUAACAGGAUAGACGUUCAAGCCGAGACGUCGGAACCGCCAAAAGCGAACGAUUUGCUGAGUUUGGUCAGCAACAGGAUGGAGAACAACGCCAGGCAUUUAAAAGGCAACUGGUUCAGUUACUGGGCUCACGAAAUAGGCAGACCAGAAAAAGAUAAUAGCUUUAAUUUCAACCAGAUCAAAUUACAGACUUUUGUAGGACAUACUAAUAGUGUAAAAUGUCUGUACAUUUUGGACAACGAGAAUAGUUUUAUGUCAGGGUCUAGAGAUAAAACUGUGAAACUAUGGAGUCUAAGAAGUCAAGGAGAUGGAUCAUCUACCUCAAACUGUCAGUGGACCUAUACAGCUCACAAAAAGUCAAUUUUGUCUCUUACUUUCGUUGAGAGCACCAGAUUGGUAGUUUCUUGCGAUAGCGUGGUACAUCUUUGGGAUCCCUUCAUGGGGACUGUCCUAAACCAGUUGGAAUCUCCCAAAUUUUCUCCUGUCAAUGUUGUCAAAAGCAUGCCGUCACCUUCGAGCUUGGUAUUUUCGGCAACAACCGAAGGAACUAUCAAGGUUAUUGAUACCAGAUUAGCCAACUAUGUUUACGAUUUAAAAGUUACAGUGAAUCCGUCUGGACUUAUCCGGUGUCUGGCAAUAGGCCCUUCCGGAUCCUGGAUAGCAGCCGGACAGUCUUCUGGAUCCAUUACAGUUCUGGAUACCAGGAAGGGUUUGGUGGUAUCCAGUUGGAGGGCUCACGAAGGAGAAGUAUUACAGAUGGUGGCUCCAAACGAUGACACGCUGAUCUCUAGUAGUUUGGAUCAGACGAUCAGCGUGUGGAACGUCAACGAUGGCAGAUUCAAGCAUCAUAUGAGUACCAUUUGCGUUCCUAGGGGUGCCACGGAACCCGCUCACUGCCUCUGCGUCUACGAGGGCAACGAGCUCGUCAGCGGUACCACCGCCAAUCGCGUGGGUGUCCACACGGAUAUAUCACCCAGGGCCGCCUACAGCAGUACCAAAUUGCGAGGGGACACCUUCAAAGGACUCUUAACCUCCAUGGGGAUGCUACCGUUGAAUAGGCUGUUGCUAUUGGGAGCUGACAACGGCCAUAUCAGUUUAUUAUGUUGAAAUUUUUGAGAAAUAUCACCAAAAAAACAUAGUCAAUUGAGAAAUUUGCAAUUUGAGUAACUUAGAUCAUUUAAUAACAUAGACACAACUUUCAGUAAUCGGCGUGAAGCCAACAUAACUUACUGUGUGACGUCAUUUUGUUUAUUACGUACGUUUGUAACGGCUUUUUGUUUAUUAUGUUGAAAGUUUAUUAUUUUGAAAAAUUUAAGGAAAAUCCAAAAAAAUCAUAGUCAAUUGAGACAUUCAUUUUUUCUUUCUCAGAAAUGUAAUUUGAGUAACUUAGAUCAUAUAAUAACAUAGACACAACUUUCAGUAUACAGUGUGAAGCCAACAUGACUCAAUAUGUGACGUCAUUUAAGGGAUGUUACUGUUGGAGGUUUUGAUAACGGUCAUAUCAGUUUAUUAUGUUGAAAAAUUUAAGGAAAAUCCAAAAAAAUCAUAGUCAAUUGAGGAAUUCAUUUUUUUCUUUAUCAGAAAUGUAAUUUGAGUAACUUAGAUCAUAUAAUAACAUAGACACAACUUUCAGUAAUCGGCGUGAAGUCAACAUAAGUUACUGUGUGACGUCAUUUAAUGGCUUAUUGUUUAUUAUGUUGAAAGUUUAUUAUGUUGAAAAAUUUAAGGAAAAUCCAAAAAAAUCAUAGUCAAUUGAGGCAUUCAUUUUUUCUUUCUCAGAAAUGUAAUUUGAGUAACUUAGAUCAUAUAAUA